AAGAAGCGGUGGUAGCAGUAGAAGAAGAAGAAGUGAAGUGUGUCGGCUGUGGUUCAGUAUUUGGGGGAAAGGUCGCAGCAGUGUCCGGCCCUUGUAUUGACUCUGGACGGCUCCACAGUGUCACAUCAAAUAAAGCAGAGGAGAAGGUUGAUCGUGUCAGUGGAGGUUUGUUGAAUCGUCCUCCUCAUCAUGGCUCUUCUCAGAGGUGUAUUUAUUGUAGCCGCCAAGCGCACUCCGUUCGGUACCUAUGGUGGCGUGCUGAGGGAUCACAGUGCCACAGAUUUGGCCGAGCAUGCCGCCAAAGCUGCCCUCGCUGCAGGGGCCGUCGCACCAGAGCUCAUAAACAGUGUCAUCAUGGGGAAUGUCAUGCAGAGCUCAUCAGAUGCACCAUACAUCGCUCGUCAUGUGGGUCUGAGGUGUGGGGUUCCCAUCCCAGUUCCUGCACUCACUGUGAACAGACUGUGUGGAUCUGGUUUCCAGGCCGUCAUCAGUGGUGCUCAGGAGAUUUGCCUGAAGGAGUCGGAGGUGGUGCUGUGUGGAGGUUCAGAGAAUAUGAGCCAGGCCCCGUACGCUGCUCGCAACAUACGAUUCGGUACAAAGUUCGGAUUCGAUCUUAAGCUGGAGGACACUUUGUGGGCUGGUCUCACUGACCUGCACAUCAAAAUCCCGAUGGGCAUCACCGCAGAAAACCUUGCAGACAAAUACCAGAUCACACGAGAAGAGUGUGACAACUACGCAUACCAGACGCAACAAAGAUGGAAGGCCGCUCAUGAAGCUGGUCACUACACUGCAGAGAUUGCUCCCAUUGAUGUGAAAGCCAAGAAAGGCAAAGUUUCCAUGGCUCAAGACGAACACCCCCGGCCUCAGACCACGUUAGAACAGAUGGCCAAACUGCCGACUGUCUUCAAAAAGGGAGGGACCGUCACUGCUGCCAAUGCUUCGGGUGUAUCUGACGGUGCUGCUGCGUUGGUGAUUGCAAGUGAAGAUGCGCUGAAGGAGCAUAAGCUCACUCCACUGGCCAGAAUCGUGUCCUAUCACGUGUCAGGCUGUGACCCGAGCAUUAUGGGAAUUGGUCCCGUCCCAGCGAUCACAGAAGCUCUUAAAAAAGCCGGUCUGACUCUCAACGAUAUGGAUCUAGUGGAGGUGAACGAGGCGUUUGCUCCUCAGUUCCUGGCCGUUUCUAAGGCUCUUGGACUGGAUCCAGAGAAAAGCAACGUUAACGGUGGUGCUAUUGCCCUUGGACAUCCUCUCGGUGCUUCUGGAGCCCGCAUCACAGGUCACCUGGUUCAUGAGCUCAGACGACGAGGAGGCAAGUACGCUGUUGGCUCCGCCUGCAUCGGUGGAGGUCAGGGCAUCGCCAUCGUCCUGGAAAAGUACUGAGGGAAGACGCUGCCAGUAUCAGAAGAAUUUCUGUAGAAGAAUGUUAAACACAAUUUCUCCACUCCAAUAAAAAUUCAGUCGACAUAUGCUAUAAGAGAUUUUCUUCCACAUACACACAAAAUGAUCAAUGGGCCAACUUCAUUUUUUGUGAUUUACUCCUGACUUCCUUCAGUCUUUUUAUACAAAAUGAACAAUAAAUGUUUCAGUCCAGUGUUGCCUGUGAAAACAAAACACUAACUCCUGUGUGAGAUUAUUUUACCAGAGUGCAGCAGGAGUCUGUUUUCUUUAUGUGCCUAAAAGACAGGGGUGACUCCUUGUUAGCAAUAACCCAUGUAGCAUAUUAAUAACUUACCAAUACAGUUUGUGUGCGGUUAGAGUGACAUUUGAAGAAACUCAGAAAUCUCAUGUUGGACUCUUUAUGCUCUUUAUUUCACCUUUAUCAGGGAUUUUUACUGUCAGAAAAUAUGUCUGAUGUGUGGUUUUGUAUUUCUGUGUCGACCUCAAACAGAAUUUUGGAAUAAUAAAUUAAGUUUUCAUCUGCA